UGUAAAUACUUGCCCAAAAAAACUAGGAAACGCAUGGUUUCGUUUCCUUGUAGAUUCUGCUACAGAUAAUAUAUUAGAUAGAGGGAGAGAGAGAAGCACCUCCAUUCCCUAGGUUUUCUAGGGUUCGAGUGAGCGAUUUACAUCAUCGUCAUCAAAGGGGCAGGGAGAGAAUCGAACAGGAAAGUUUUUAAUGGCGAAGAAAAGGAAGUCUGAUGCGACUCGUUUGGACGAGGUCGAUCGAACGAUGUACACCACUUUCUGCAGCGCUGCGAAUUCGCUGUCGCAGCUUUACACCCAGGCUAUGAAUCAGCAGAAGCUCGUCUUCCAAGCCGGAGAACGCCAUGCCCUGGAUAAACUUUACCAAUGGAUCUUGAGACAACAAGAGGAAGGAUCGAGAGUGAUGACGACUGAUAUACUAGCUUACCUCCAGAAUGAGCUUGACUAUGGUGGAGAGGAACCCCCAGUGUCCCCCAGAUUGCAUUCCCAAAAUCAACAUUCCCUGCCCACAACACAUGUCAUGAAUGGCAUCCAAGUUUCUUCUGGUUCUUUUGGGCCAGCAACUGUUGGGCAGGGUCCACGUUCGGGGCAGUCUGAUAGUCAAGCGAAGAAUUCAGUUUUCUCGAAUGCUCUUUCAAGUCCUGUUCGCCGUAGUCUUCAGCAUUAUCAUUUGGCUCAAGGAGGCUACCAUCCAAACAGUAUGAUGCCCAGUGGAAACGGAGCUCGGAAUAGUGAAACCAACUUUACUCAUCACCAAAACAGGGAUACCAACUCCCCUUGCUCGAAUGAUUCCUCCAUGGAUAUGCAUGCGGACAGUCCUGGUCAUGAAUCUUCUUAUUAAUAGUCGGUGUUGCAAGAUUGCUGCCAUGUGCGGGUACAAGUCUUGGAAGAGACCGGGGGAUUCAGUCUCUAUCGUUUGCUUCAAGUCCCAUAUGAAAAGAAAGGUUUGAGAAGAUUGUUACUUGUGGGAAUAAGCAUGCAACAUGUUUCUAGAUGUGGGUUAUGCAAAGCAAAAAGGUAGUAUGUUCUCAUGAAGCGCGUAAUGCAAUGUGAUUGAUGAGCACCAGAACCGUCAAGUUGUCAAAUGAGUUGUGAGAGGUUCUCUUGAGUCGUUUCGGUGUUUCUAUAUAUAAAUGUUAAGGUGUUUCUUUUAAUGAAUCUCUGACAUUUGAUUGUAGGCCCUCUUUAGAGAUUUACGUCGUUGAGAUAGCUUGUAGUUAAAGAUAUUUUGCUUUCUAUGUUAAAAUUCAAUUCUCAUGGCGAACCUGUAUUGGUGCUGCUUGUAAGCAUUUAUGUUGCUGACUUUCUGCAUUCCCAUGAAUUAUUUUUG